CUACAUUUGGAGAGAACGGAAUGAGAGACUCCACAACCAUGUUUCAAAGCCGGUUGAGCAUAUUGCUAGACUGGUAGACAAUAACGUCUACGCGUUAUUACUUAAGGCCAAGGUUGCAAGGUCUGAUGCAAAAGUGGUUUGGAGCUCAUGAUACUUAGUUUGGCUGUUUACUCACAUUAUUCAGUUGUAACCACAUAGGCUUGUACAUAUAUUCUUUCUUGUAUGAUCAAUAAAUUUGAAAUUUCAUAAAAAAAAAAAAUAACAAAAAAUCAUUGGUCUGGUAUCAUCAUAGCUCUACAAUAUUAUUUGGUAAGUUAAGUUUUUAUAUGUUGCGUUCAUUAAGAACUUAGUUUGAUGGUCAAUUAAAAAGAUACUAGUCUUUAAUAAAUUAAAAUAUUACAUGUAAUUGACUUAUUCGUAUGCUCCUUAUACGGUUCAAGUAAUAUUUCCUUUUCAGUUCCUCCUCCUUGGUUGGCGGAUUAUUUGUAUGCUCCUUAUACGGUUUAAGUAAUAAAGUUAUCAAUACUAUUAAAUUAGGAUCAUGACCCAUUGAUAUAUGUUGUGUCCAACUAUUUAGUCUUGGUGUAUUAGGCACUGGAUCCACCUAUCAAUAUAUAUUCUGUUCGUAUAUUUGUUCACUUUUUGAUAAUAUACGAGAUUUUAUUUCCUCAGUAAGCGGAAUCCACCCCCACUACUCCGGAUACAUAGUGACGGUUACAAUAUAUAUAAAUGAAUAUACAUAACACAUAGGUUUACCAGGUUUAUAAGUUAUAUGCAGUUUGUACAAACCCAAAUUUAAUAAAUGGAUAUAAGUACGAGGCCUGUAAAUUAUAUGGAGUUUUUACAAACCCAAAGUAAAUAUAUAUGUUUUCAAAUACACUGUUCGAUCACAUUAUUAUUUAGGGAUAAAUACAUGUGAUGUUUCAAAAUAUAUUUACUGAUGUUACAUUUUCAUAAAUAAUAUUCCAUCACAAAAAAAUAACGGAAACUUGGACAAUGAUAAAUUUUAUCCGCCCUUUGAAAUUCCAUCACAUAUUAUAUUUUCUUAUUAAUGUAGUUACGAUUAUAUUUAUUACUCGUGAAAUGGAUUAUUAAUGACAUUAAAUUUUUAUAAGUGGACUUUGAAUAGAAAUUAAUAUUCAUAUAAACUCAUUUAGUUUAACAGGUUCUAAAUAGGCUAUUCGACUAAAAAUAUUUAUUAAAUGUGAUUUAAUUUAAAGUUAGUGAAGACCAUAUUAACUCAUUUACAUAUAUAUAUAUAUAUAUAUAUAUAAUAGAAAUAUUAAAAAUUAAAAUUUUCAAACAUUUUUAAAAAAAGUUAUUCGGUUUUCGGUGCGGGUUGGAUUUGAUAUUAGUAUUCGGAUAUAACAGUAUAAGAGCCAUUCGAGUAUAUAGGCCAGGUCUAACAGAGUAUGAGAUUUUGAUUUUUGGGUCGAUUCCAAGUCGGUUUUUUGGAUAAAUAUUCUUGACUAAUUUUGUUAUGUAACUAUUAAGAAAAUAUAAUAUGUUGCAAAUUUUAGGAAUAAACUUUUAAAAUAACUUCUAAAAUGCAUAUGAGACAAGUGUAUAAAUUAAAUUAAUAUUAAACAUGAUAUGAUUACAAAAUAACACAAAUAUAAAAAUUAAAUUUUUCAAAAAAUUAAAACAAAAAAUAUACCCGUCCUUUAAAGGACGGGUCAGAAUCUAGUGUGUUGUUAAAAAAACUUCCUAAUUCUUUAUUUUUAAUGGAGUAGAUGACAUUCUUCUGGGCAAGCCUUUGGGCCGGCCCAUUUUCUGUUCUGUAAUAACAAAAACGAAAAAUCUUGUUAGGUAAAACUUGAUUAGGGUUUGAAUAUAUAGCUUAUAUCAUUGUGACUCAAUAUUGUUCCGUUCACAGAUUUUUAUAGGAGAAGCAUAUUAUCUGGUUGAAUAUGGGAAAUAUCAAUGAGUUAUGUGACGAUUUGCUGGUGAAGAUUUUGCUACAAAUCCCGACAGAAGAGGUUGUCGCGACGUCGCUUUUGUCCAGACGAUGGCGUUCCGUCUGGAAACUCGUUCCAAAGCUUGAUUUUCGUGACUAUUCAUACAAAUAUCACGCCACAUCCGCCGUGCCUUCAGAGUUCAUCGACCAGUUCUUGGAGCGAAACGUAGCCCCUGCUCUAGAAACUCUCCAUCUCAACCUUUAUCAUCUCCGAGAUUACUCCCCUGAAUCCUUCGAAAAAUGGGUUAACGUCGCGGUUGCUCGCAACGUUCUCGAUCUUAACCUUCUCUACUGCCUUCACUGCCGUUACCCUAUACGCUUUCCCACGAGCCUGUACACGCACGAAACCCUAGUGGUGUUACGCCUCCGAGGAACGAUCAUCGACGACGUUCCUUCGAAAACACGUCUCCGGAGCCUCAAGACCUUGUCUCUUCGAGAUAUAAGCUUCUCUAGCGAUCAAACCGUUGAUAGGUUUUUGUCUUGCUUCCCUGUUCUCGAAACAUUGGUCGUACGUGGGUGGAUAGCCAGCAACGUGAAGACGUAUUCGAUUCGCGUGGCGUCGCUGCGGAGCUUGGACGUGGAGGAGUUAGUAGGUGGUUAUGCUGAUCCGAGAUAUGAUCAUGGAUACGUGAUCGACGCUCCUCGUUUGAAGUUUUUGCAUAUGGUUGACCAUUUUAGCGGGUUUUGUUCGUUGGUGAACGUCCCUGAGGAACUGGAAGCGGAGAUCCAUCUUAGGUUUUGUGAUUCUGACAAGCUUCUGGGAUCUCUUACCUCAGCGAAACAGCUUUCCUUGUGUUUAAAACCACAAAUGGAUUCAUGUCUAAAAGGCGACUUUGAUCAGCUCGUGUUUCUAGAGCUUUGUGUCAUGUGCUCCUUAGAUUGGUUGAAUGUUAUCCUCAAACAUUCUCCUAAACUCCGAGCUCUCAGGCUCUCGAGAACGAGACACAGCUGCCAGAAUUCUAGAAAUGUCCGAACUAACUGGGAGCGACCGAUUUGUAUUCCUGAAUGUUUGACGUCCAGUCUCGAAACUGUGGAGUGGAUUGCAUAUGAAGGAACAGAAGAAGAGGAAAAUGUGGUGAAGUAUUUGUUAGAGAAUGGGAACCUUUGCUUUAAAAAGCGUUGGCGCAAGGCUGUUUAUGGCAAGUUCAGUUAUGAAAUUCUUAGAUUGGGGCGAGGCUAGCUCAGGCGACGGAGAUACCACCUUUGUGCACUUUUGAAGAUCAAAGCGAGUGGCACAAAAAGCGCAAGAGACCAUAGCCUUUUUUUUAAUUCUCAAAUAAACCCUGCUUUUUAAUUUAAGGUUUGCACCUCACUUUUUAAUUCAGUUUUAUUUUUAAGAGUCUAGUACAGUAUGUCUCUUUGCCUUUAAAUCUCUUCUUUUUCAACAUAAUAUGUUCUCAUCUGAUUCUAUCUCUUUCAUACAUACAUACUAUUGUGUAGUGAGAUUAACUCUGGUCUCUGUCACUUAAUUAAAUAUGCAUGACUUGAAGAAAAUGAAGAAGCAUAGUAGUAUAUAUAAUUUUAUUCCGUAAUACGAAUCCACUUUAAAGGUAACAAUUUUCGGGCUCAAAUUCCGUACUGAACAUUUUUCUGUUUUUUUUUAAAUCAAAAUAACUUUGUUUAAUUUCUGACUAACUUAUGUUAUGGUCAAUAUCGAUGUGGGUAUAUUAAAAAAAUCAGAUUAUUUUUCAAAUUAUAACCGAAUUGAUAUCGCAUUUAGCACUGACCAUUUAUUUGGAUCGUAUUUAAUACAACUGAAACUGUUAAACUCAAAAUAGACUCUUUUCUGUUAACAAAUAUCAUCCAUUGUCAUGAGAUUCUUCUUUCUAAAAUAAAUUAUUAGUUAGCUAAUUAUAUAUUGCUUUAGAUAUCACUAUCUAUCAAAAUAAGUUUUUAGCAUAUCAUACAAAUCCUAGGUAAAUAUUUUUAGCUAAUUAAAAGAGUGAAGAAGUCUGUUCAGAGCAUCUCCAAUGUAUAACUCCAUUUUUUCCUCCAAAAUAGAGUAAAAGUGAAAUUGGAGUAAAAUUGCUUCAACCCUACUAUAUUUUCUACUCCAUAAUGGAGUGAUGAACAAACUAAAAAUAGAUUACUCCAUUUAUAAAGUAAAUUUCAUUAUGGAGUGAGAUAUGAAGUUGAGUUGGAGCAUUACUUAUUUCAUAUUUAUUUUUACUCCAUUCUAAAAAACAAAAAUGGAGUACGGAUGGAAAUACCUUCAGUAAAAAAUUAUAUUGUGGAUGACAAAAAAAAAACAAAAAAAAAAUUAUAUUGUGUAGAGUAAUAAAACAACUACCACUAAUCAGCUUUGAUUGAUU